AGUCUCCCAAUAGCUUGCGAAUAAAGUCUGAGGGCAGCGUUUCGUUUGGAAGGAGCAUGCAGAGUGCAAUGUUUCUGGCUCUCCAGCACAACUGCAGUCCCAUGGAAAAAAACGCCAGCCACUGCCAGAACAAAGAGGAGAAAAAGGGAAAAAUGAAGAAAACACUCAUAAAAGAUUGGAAAUCCAGGUUGAGUUACUUUCUGCAGAACUCUUCCAAUUCUACCAAUGCAAAGGCAAACAAGAAAGGACAGCAAAAGUCAUGUUUUAGGCCUUCUCCCGAGGAAGCUCAGCUGUGGUCAGAAGCUUUCGAUGAACUUCUUUCUAGCAAAUAUGGUCUGACAGCUUUCAGGGCUUUUCUGAAAUCAGAAUUUUGUGAAGAGAACAUUGAUUUCUGGCUGGCUUGUGAAGAUUUUAAGAAAAUAAAGUCGCCACAGAAGCUGACUGCCAAGGCAAAGAAGAUUUACAAUGACUUUAUUGAAAAGGAGGCUCCUAAAGAGAUCAACAUAGACUUUCAAACCAAGAACACUAUAGCCCAGAAUCUAAAUGAUGCCACACACACGUGCUUCAAUACAGCUCAGAAGCGAGUGUACAGCUUGAUGGAGAAUAAUGCUUACCCACGGUUCCUGGAAUCUGAAUUCUACCAGGAGCUGUGUAAAAAAUCGCCAGUGAGCAGAGAGCCUCAGGGAACAUGAACUCCGAAGUGUACCAGGAAAAAGAAGCCAAAGAACCAUCGUGUCUGGAGAGGAGGAAGGCUGUUGGUCGCUGCAGUCUUGGUGAACUUGAUGAACUGAAUGUACAGGAGACUUGCCCAAAUGCACUUCCAGGUUUUCAAAUGGAUGGGCAUAUUGACUCUGGCAGUUUUCAGUUUCUAUGAUUAACUGCAGUGUAAAAGUCUUAGAAGGAAAACACAAGCAAAACUGCUGGCCAGUUGCUAAGACACAUUCAUUUUCAUAUGAAAACGAUGUAUUGGGAAGGAAUGUCUGCCUACCAUGGGUUAUCCAACUACAUAUAUCAACGUGGAUCUGCUGCCACUCCAAGCCAGAUCAGAUUUAAGCCUCCUCUGCAAAGAGUAAACAAGCUCUGGACUUAACCUCAUGCACAUUGACCCCUUCUGGGAUGUGAAAAAUGUUCUUCUGAAUAAUUCACGGCCUUUGUUUUCCCUUGAACAAUUGGCAGCCUAUAAUUGACAUCAUGGGUCUCUAGGACUUCCUUACACAAGUUCUGUUCUUUGCAGAUUUUACUAUUGGGCCCUGAUGUAGGAAACCUCCACACAACCAGUAGACAUAAAAAUUCAGUGUCACUAAAUUAGAUGCAGAAAGAUAAACGGGAUGGAGUGACCUAAGAAAACAGAGCGUGCUGACUGUUUAUUGGCUAGGAUCAAGUUCUGGCUGUGUUGAGAUGCAGUUGAAGCAGAACUUCAAAUGAGAGCCAUGUAUAUUGUGUGUGUAUGUUUGUAUAGACUCUGAUUAUGUUGGACACUCCUUUCCAUGCUGAAUGUACUGACUUGAGGACAAACUUCAGUGAAGUUGUCUUUUUGAAAAAAA